AUGCACCAGAAGAACAACGCCGCUGCAGCGGCAUCUCGCGAGGACGGCGACGAGGACGCCGAGGACGACAAGGGCGAGGAUGAAGGGGAACGACUCAAGAACCCGUUCGCGGACGACGAGGAAGAUGAAGAUGCCGACAGCGAUGAUGACGAUAACGACGGCAAUCACGGCUCUGGAGCGGCUGGGGCGGUGACUGGCGCGUGGGGUGCGUCAGGCCGGGGAUCAUGGUGGCGCGGGGUAUCGCGGCGGGGCGGCAAUCAACGAUUCGACGGGCAAGACGACUCGGACGACGAGGUGGACGACGACGAUGAGGAGUUUGGGGACUUCGCCAUGCCUGAAGUUGACCCGGCGCCGGGAUCCGACGGGGACGACAACGUGAUCCUGAAGCCUCUUGCGGUGCACCCGCCUGGGUCUGGAGGCAAGGCGUUUGGGAGCCUGUGGCCGUUCGGCAGCGCCAAGGACGGCAAGGAGGAGAAGAGCGAGAAGGAAGGCGAGGAGGCGGUGGCCGGAGAGGACGAGAAGCCUGUGCAGGCGGCCGUGGAGGCGGUGCGGCGGACGAGCAUUGAGGAGGCGGAUGACGAUGAGGAGGUUGUCGUGCAGAAGCCGUCGAGCCUGUGA